AUGUCCUAUAAACAAGCCACUUACUAUCCUAACAGGGGUAAUCUAGUAAGAAAUGAUUCAUCUCCGUACAGUAAUACCAUUUCUUCAGAAACUAAUAAUAGCAGUACAAGCGCAUUGAGUCUUCAAGGUGCAUCUAACGUGAGUUCAGGAACCACCGGUAACCAAUUGUAUAUGGGGGAUUUGGAUCCUACAUGGGAUAAAAAUACCGUCAGGCAAAUUUGGGCAUCUUUGGGGGAAGCGAAUAUUAAUGUUCGGAUGAUGUGGAAUAACUCUCUCAACAAUGGGUCUAGAUCAUUAAUGGGUCCAAAGAAUAAUCAGGGAUAUUGUUUUGUUGAUUUUCCCUCAUCCACCCAUGCAGCGAAUGCACUUUUAAAGAAUGGUAUGCUUAUACCCAAUUUUCCGAAUAAAAUAUUGAAAUUAAACUGGGCUACAUCCUCAUACUCAAACAGCAACAAUUCUCUUAACAACGUGAAGAGCGGUAAUAACUGCUCUAUAUUUGUUGGAGACUUAGCACCAAAUGUUACGGAGUCUCAAUUAUUCGAACUUUUCAUUAACAGAUAUGCUUCUACCUCUCAUGCCAAAAUCGUACAUGACCAAGUCACCGGAAUGUCUAGGGGCUAUGGUUUUGUAAAAUUUACCAGUUCUGAUGAACAACAAUUAGCUCUGUCGGAAAUGCAAGGUGUAUUCUUAAACGGUAGAGCCAUUAAAGUAGGACCCACGUCUGGUCAGCAACAGCAUGCCAGUGGUAACAAUGAUUACAGCCGUAGUUCUUCCUCAUUAAACAAUGAAAAUUUGGACUCGAGAUUUCUCUCCAAGGCCCAAUCAUUCUUAGGUAAUGGAAAUAAUAACAUGGGUUCGAAGAGAAAUCAUAUGUCUCAGUUCAUUUAUCCUGUCCAACAGCAGCCAUCUUUGAACCAUUUUACUGAUCCGAAUAACACCACGGUCUUUAUCGGAGGAUUAUCAUCACUGGUGACUGAAGAUGAACUGCGUGCUUAUUUUCAACCUUUUGGCACGAUUGUUUAUGUCAAAAUUCCGGUAGGCAAAGGUUGUGGGUUUGUCCAGUAUGUUGACCGCCUAUCGGCAGAGGCAGCCAUUGCUGGGAUGCAGGGUUUCCCCAUUGCAAAUUCAAGAGUAAGACUGUCUUGGGGCAGGUCUGCUAAGCAAACAGCGUUGCUACAGCAAGCCAUGUUGAGUAACUCUUUGCAGGUCCAACAACAACAACCAGCUUUACAACAACCUAACUACGGAUACAUUCCAUCCAGCAUCUGCGAAGCGCCUGUCCUGCUGAGUAACAACACCUCAUCCUCGAUGCUUCCUGGAUGUCAAACUCUGAAUUAUUCUAGUCCAUACACCAAUGCUAGUGGACUGGGCAUGAACGAUCUCGGUUUCUACGGUAAUAAUAGUGCAACAAAUGUACCCGCCACUAGUUUACUAACUGACAAUAACUCUAUGGGUCUCUCAGGCACCAGCGGCCAACAAGUUAUCAUGCAAGGGAGCGAAGCGGUUGUUAACAGCACAAACGCAAUGUUGAACCGUUUGGAACAAGGUAGUAAUGGUUUUAUGUUUGCUUGA